AUGGGCAUCGGGCAAAGCGUGGAUGAUGCGUACUUUCAGCAGAAGGUGAAGCUUGGACAGGGUGGUUUUGGCACAGUGUGGCGGGCCGUCGACAAGAAGACCAACCACUUCGUGGCUGUGAAGCAGAUCGACAAGCUUCAGUCAUACUGGCAGGGGGCAAAACGCUCGGAAAUCCAACUGGAGAUUGAUAUACUCAGAGCCUGUGAUCAUGAAAAUGUCACCAAGUUGUAUACAUAUUUCGAGGACAGUCAGAAUAUCUCGAUUGUUCUGGAGUACUGUGAUGGAGGCGACCUAGAUGACAAGCUCAAGGAGCAAGGAUGGCAGCUUCGCGAGGUGGAAGCCGGCGCCUGGACGCGGCAGAUCUGUGCCGCGAUCGCCCAUCUGCACGCAAGAGGCAUCUGCCACCGUGAUAUCAAGCCUGGAAACUUCAUGUUUUCGUCUGGCCUCUUGAAGCUUUCUGACUUCGGCUUUGCCACUUUCCUCCGGGCGGAUGAAACGAGCAAAGAGGAUGUCGGCACACCAGCCUACAUGGCGCCAGAGCAGCACCUCCUGAAGAAGGGGAGCAAAGGUUAUGGACAUCCGGUGGACGUCUGGGCUGCGGGCUGUACACUGCACAUGCUCGUCUCCGGCGGCCGCCAUCCCUUCAUCAAGACAAAAGGGAACUCGAAGCAAGUCCUGGACAUGGAGAAGCUCUAUGCCGGCACCUUGGACUUCGGCGCCUCAAUGUUGGGCGGGCUCAUGGGAGGCGCCUUCCAAGCAGCGGCGCCGGAAGCGCGAAGCCUGUGUCAGCGGAUGGUCUGCCCUGACAUCGAGAAGCGGCUUUCCGCUGACGACGUGCUGCAGGACAGUUGGCUAAGUCGCACAUCACAGGAAGCGAUUCUGAAUGCACCGAGCCUGACGGAGCAAGGCUAUGCGCAGCAUUUCCGACAGCUUCAGCAACAGCUGGCCAUUGCUGAAAGACAACUCAAGGAAGCGGAAGAGCGGGAGCUGACUCUGAAGAGCAGAUUGCAAAGCCAAGAUGAUUCAGCCGUGAUGGUUGUCAGCAUUCCUCUAACACUUCCUGAGUGCAUGAAGCGAUGUUAUUCCUGUGACAUUAUCGACUUGAAGAGUCGACGUGUUGCGGGCAAAGGCCGUCGACAUGGCAGGCAUUGCUUGCAAUUCUACAUUGCCUGCCGAAGCCCAUUUUUGUGGUCCAAAACUUCUUUCCUGGUGAGCGCCUGCGUGUCCGUUCGGAGAACCGACGCAAGGGCAAUGAUGCAAGUUUUCAGGUCGAGGAGCGUGAAUCUGUGCCGCUUAGCCACUUCGAGAUGCUUCUCUCUGUCUACCGGCCCUGCUACCGGCCCGCUUUCAGGAAUACGAAUUUUGGACCUGUCCCGCAUCCUGGCAGGACCAUCGGCAACAAUGCUGAUGGCCGACAUGGGAGCAGAGGUUAUCAAGGUGGAAGCACCCAAGUCCGGUGAUGACACCAGACGUUAUGCGCCGCCCUUUCUGCAGAAGGGCCCCGGCGAGGACUCAGAUGUGGCAGCAUACUUCUCGAGCUGCAACAGGAACAAGUACAGUGUAGCUGUCGACUUCAAGACCAAAGAAGGCCAAGAUGUCGUGAAACACCUGCUGCAAAGUGCUGAUAUCGUCAUCGAGAACUUCAAAGCCGGUGGCUUGGCAAAGUAUGGUUUGGGAUACGACCAGCUGAAGGAUGACUUCCCUCAGCUGAUCUAUUGCAGCAUUACUGGCUUUGGCCACAGUGGACCUUACAGCAAGAGACCUGCUUAUGACAUGCUGAUCCAGGCGAUGGGCGGCUCCAUGAGUCUGACCGGAGAACCCGACGGUGCGCCGAUGAAGACUGGGCUGUCUCUUUUCGACUUAACGGCAGGGCUGCAUGGUGUCAUUGGGAUUCUGGCAGCCUUGCACAACAAGCACGUGACCGGAUUGGGUCAGCACGUGGACAUCUCAAUGCUUGAUGUGGCAGUGGCGCUCCUUGCGAAUCAGGGAAUGAACUACUUGGCCAAGAAGCAGCGGCAGAAGCGCGUGGGCAACAACCACCCGAACGUGGUGCCAUACCAGGUCAUGCCAGCCAAGGAUGGCUAUUUCAUCCUGACGGCAUCCAACAACGAUCAGUUCGAGCGCUUCUGCAAGGUGGCUGGUCGAGAGGAACUCAUGAAGGACGAGAGGUUCAACACCAUGAAGGCCCGCGUCGUUCACAGGGAUGUUGUCACGCCGACUCUGAACGAGAUCACUUCGCAGCACGAGAAGCUUUGGUGGCUGGAGAAGUUGGAGAAGGAGAUGGUCGGCUGUGCUCCCAUCCUUCACCUUGAUGAAGUUUUCGCCGACCCUCAUGUUCAGUCGCGAGACAUGGAAAUUCAGAUGAACCUCCCUGGCUUCAGUGAUUCGGUCUCGCUCAUCGGCUCGCCGAUGAAGUUCUCCCGCACCAAGGUGGACUACCGCCUUCCUCCCCCACGUGUUGGUGAGCACACAGAACAGGUUCUGCUUGACUCAGGCAUGUCCAUGGACAGGAUUGAAGAUUUGCAUGAGAUCGGUGCCAUCGACAAUGCCAAGUUUGAUGUUCCGGGUGUCGUCCGGCCCCUUGCGAAGAAGAAGCGCAGGGUUGUGGAGGUCAGUGACAGUCACCCUGCCUACCAGUUCACAGGAAGCACGUGGGGCCACAUCAGUUCGGUGUCAGACCCCAGUGUGUUGCCAAAGUCGGAAAGCGUCGAAGAUGAAGAUCUCACCGAAUUAGACACCUUUGGCGGCGUGCUUCGAAGCAGCAUCGAUGAUCCGGUGCAAGCAUUCCUCAAGGUGCGAGGGAGCGCUGAGGAUCCGGACCUCAUGCCGCCCCGGCCCCAGCGAUACACCAAGAAGCAACUGCUGCGGGGAGAUUCUUUCCAGACCUUGCCAGUUCUGGUGGGUGACUAUCGCCAGCUGCGCCCAGUCGUGAAGAAUCGUGAUGCCGGCAGUUUGGGCUA